GUCGUGUAAGCAAAAGUCCGAUUGUCAGCCACCUGUACUCGAUGCAUCCAAUUUCUCCAUCGUCAAUUCCAAUGCUUCAUUAACACCACUUUCCCCAUAAACACAUACUCACACACACUCUCUCUCUCACACACACUCCACCACCAUAACCGCCAUGAAGCUCGACCGCCGGACCUCCACCGCCACCUCUCAAACCCUCACCGCCACCACCUCCUCCGCCGACGCGCGGUUACUCGUCCGCGAAACCCUACGCAUCUCCGCCAAUCUCGCAUCCUCGCCGUCGUCGGUUCUUCCGCCGUCGGAAACCGUUAGGUCACCGGACGCCGCGAGCUUCGGCCUAAUUGAAGAGCAGUUUGUUGAUGCGAGCUUGCGAUUGAUCUGUUAUGAGGAAAUUGAUGGACGUAGGUUUAAGUAUUUGGCGCAGAAAGAGGGGAGUAAGUUCAGGAAGGGCUCGAAUUCGAUUCGUGCUGUUAGUUUGCAGUCUCGGAGAGCUCCUGUGGACGAGUUGGUGUCUUUUAUACGAUCCUAUGUGGUUCCGGAUGGAUUUCCUGACAGUGUCAGCCCUUCGUACGUGCCAUACAUGACAUGGAGAGCUUUAAAGCAUUUCUUUGGUGGAGCAAUGGGUGUGUUCACCACACAAGCACUUCUACAUUCUGUUGGUGUCUCUAAAAGCCAAGCAAUGCCUGGUGCUGUCGCUAUCAAUUGGAUUAUCAAGGAUGGUUCUGGGCGCAUUGGCAAAAUGCUUUUUUCUCGGCAAGGAAAGAAAUUUGAUUAUGAUUUAAAGCAGCUUCGACUAUCUGGUGACCUUCUGAUGGAGUUGGGUGCCGCUGUAGAAUUGGCAACCACCGCUGUACCACACCUGUUUCUGCCUCUUGCCUGUGCUGCCAAUGUUGCGAAGAAUGUUGCUGCUGUUACAUCAACAUCGACUCGCACCCCAAUAUACAAAGCCUUUGCAAAGGGAGAAAAUAUAGGCGAUGUUACUGCCAAGGGAGAAUGUGUUGGAAAUGUGGCAGACCUGUUGGGAACGGGAUUUAGCAUCAUAAUGGCUAAAAGAAAUCCUUCUUUGUUCACCACAUUUGCCCUACUCUCUUGUGGAUACCUUUUCAGCUCAUAUCGUGAGGUCAAAUCUGUUGUAUUGCAUACGUUGAAUCGGGCAAGGUUCACUGUGGCAGUAGAAUCGUUUCUUAAGACAGGGAGUGUCCCGACUUUGCAGGAAGGAAACAUGAUGGAAACAGUAUUCAAUCUCCCAUGGUGCAAAGACGGGCCAGUUGUUCUUGGUUCAAGAUUUAAGGAUGCAUUUCAAGAUGCCAACUCGUUUUAUGACGUGGAGCCCGUCUUUGAGAAAGAGAGAUAUGUAGUGGCCUAUAAUCCUUUAAAAGGGAAUAUAUACGCGGUGCUAAAGGAUAAAGCAAAAUCGGAUGAUAUAUUGAAAGCAGCUUUCCACGCUCAUGUGCUUCUCUACGUCCUUCGGUCAUCAAAACACAUCCAAGUUACAAAUGAAUAUACAAGGGGUGAUCGUGUAACUCCUUUGCCAACAUCUGCAGAUCUUCAAGCUCAUGUGGCAGAAUCAUAUAACAUGGUUUCUGCUUUAUAUGAACCUUUCAAGAACAAAACUAAAGAACAGGGGUGGGUGAUGUCGGAUUCUCUUUUGAAUCCUGGCCGGGCUCGGAUAUGUGAACAAGUCAGAUGAGAGCAUGUUGCACAGGAAGGUGUAAGAGCGCGGUUUACGAGUUGUUCAUAGCGUUAACGACCAAGGAAUAUUAAUAAUAGCAUGUAUAGAAAUGAACAUCAAUUGUGUUUCAUCGUACUUUAGUUGUUCUAGUUUCUCCAAGAAUCAGGCUUGGUCGGGUUUGUAUAUGUAACCAGUUUUCUUAUAGCUCUUUAUGGGUAGAGAUAGCCAUUUCUGCAUGUAAGAGUUACAACUGUCAAUCCGUUGGAUAAACGGGUUACACUGACCGUGCUUGGCUUGCAUGAAUAGUGUAUCCGGAGUGGGACGAAUAUAUAUAUAUAUUUUUGUUCAGGUUCUAUAAA